UGGACUAAUACGAUUCGCGCACCGACGAAAUAAGAGCCGGAAUCAUGAGGAAAUAUCAGAUUUACGUGAUUUGUUUUGUUGUUUUGGCUUUUGCCGCUGCCACAGCUACAAGAGUUUGCAGCAACAGAAAUAUCUUGUGCUCUGUGGUUAGAUCAACUAGUUGUUCAAAGAAAAUCGUUUCCAGUCAUUGCCCAAGGCUUUGCAACACAUGUGGAGCAAAAUGUCGAAACAUAAAGGCGUCAAUGCGCGUUGAUUGUGGCUACCAUGGAAUUAGUCCGUUGGAUUGCUUGAGAAAGGGAUGUUGUUAUGGCGAAUUAAAGGUGGCUGGCCCGUGGUGUUAUCAUCGAAAAGCAAACUGUCCCAUGAUUGAAGCAAACAAACGUGAAGAUUGUGGUUACCCUGGGAUAAGCAAAUCAGAUUGCGUCAAAAAAGGAUGCUGUUACAACGCGAUCAAGGAAAAGGGACCGUGGUGUUAUUACAGGCAAGAAAAAUGCCGGAAAAUAGCAGCAACAAGACGUCAUGAUUGUGGUUAUCCAGGCAUAACGAAGCGGGCAUGCGAGAAGAAAGGCUGUUGUUAUAGUGAAUUGCUAAACCAAAGUGGACCGUGGUGCUACCACCGCCUAGAAAAAUGUCUGCGCAAAGCAACAGAACGUGACGACUGCGGCUAUCCUGGUAUAACAGAAUUCGAAUGCAUGAAAAGAGGUUGCUGCUAUAAUUCAUUGCCCGGUCGUGGGCCAUGGUGUUAUUACCGAUGAGAUACGAGGACCUUCGGAAGAUUAUAUGCGAACUUUAGUGUACUCAUUGUUGUAAAAAUAUGUUGUCAAAUAAAUACCUCUAAUAUAUGAACUUUUCCUUCCCAAU